AUGUGGUGACAUAGAUGCCAUCAUUGACUAUGAUGCCAUCGAUGCCAUGUUGGGACGCAGGAUCAAAAUCUUAACACUGAGGUUAUUGUCAUUGUCAUGCUGGCAUCACCCUAUUGUAUUCCAGACUCCAAGUGGUCACGUGGUUGACAACAUCGUCUUACGGCCUCUAAUCGAUUGUAUCAAUAGGAUAAACAGCUCCCCGUACUUUUCGUUCUGUUUCGGAAGGCGAGCUGGAAUCAUGUCUGGAACUGGGAAUUACGAGCAAGACUCAGCUGCCGUACACAUAUGGGUUCGUGCAGAAACGAAGCCAAAUGAAGCGCGGGCUCCUCUGAUACCGCAAGCUUGCAAGGACCUUCUCAAUGCUGGGAUCAAAGUUACAGUUGAACGGUCACAUCAACGGAUAUUCUUAGAUGAGGAAUACGAGAAGGCUGGAUGCAUUUUGGUGCCUAAUGGUACAUGGAAAGAUGCCCCCAAGAAUGCAUUUAUAGUUGGCAUAAAAGAGCUCCCUAAUGAUUCGUUCCCACUCGUCCAUCGCCAUAUAUACUUUGGACAUGUCUACAAAAAUCAGGAAGGCUGGCAAGAAUUACUAGGCCGCUUCAAAGCUGGAGGUGGCGCACUAUUGGACGUCGAAUAUAUGUGCUUCAAAGAUGGACGCCGGGCUGUCGCGGAAUUUAGCCAAGUAGCUGGAGCUGUAGGGGCUGCAUUAGGAGUUGAACUCUGGACAUUUAAGCAACUGCAAAAUGCUGAAAAAUUUACCGUCCCUUUUCACUAUAAAUCAGAAGAAGAUUUCCUCGUUCAUCUAAGGUCAUGCUUGAACAAAGUUGCCGCUGGAAAUGAAGCACUGAAAUCUAGGCCAAAGGUCAUGGUCAUGGGAGCACUAGGUCGAUGUGGCAAAGGUGCAACGUCAAUGCUGGAGAAAAUUGGCCUAAAGGGCGAGCAGAUUAUUCGAUGGGACCUCGAGGAGACUAAAAAGGGAGGCCCAUUCUCGGAAAUUCUUGAUUUUGAUGUCUUUGUUAACUGCAUCUACCUGCCUCCUGGGGGUAAGCCCAUGCCACCUUUUCUUCACGAGGAGAUGCUUAAAAGUAAAGACAGAAACUUGACCGUUGUUGUUGAUGUAAGCUGCGACACUAGCAACCCAAACAGUCCUUUACCAUUUGUGAAAGAUAUCACUACAUUUAAGGAGCCAGUUUUCACAGUAAACCUAGGUAAAGGGGAAAAGCCCCUCGAUGUCAUUGCUAUCGACCAUCUACCAUCAAUGCUGCCAAGGGAAGCAAGCAUGAAACAUUCAGCGAAACUUGCAUUGCAGCUUGCUGAUCUUGUCCAAAUAGAAAAGAGUGUAGUUUGGAUGUCUGCCCUAAACACAUUUCAUGAGAAAGUGGGGCUUAUCUAGCUGGAAUAUUUAGAGGCCAGAGACAGUGCUUUUUAAGAAUUAAAUAUCAUGGAUGUCUCCCUAUAGAUAUCUGUCUAAUGCUGUUCAGUGGCGUGCCUUGGGCCGGAGAAGUAGGGGGGGGGGGGUCUGGAGCGCAGUCCCCAGAAUUUUUGGGACCACGCCCUUCAAACACUCGCAAAUGCGGGGAAACGCCCUUUUGCAAAAUUUUCCGCCAUUAUUCGAUUCAUGUUAGCUACAGUAAAUAGCAAAGUAUUUUACAAUUGUUAUUGACACAAGCAUACAGUAUACUACACCCCCCCCCCAAUGAGUUUUACAUUGUUUUGGACAAAUCUCGAGGAUCACAUUUUAGAAAAGUGGGGGGGGUCCGGACCCCCCUAUUCCCCCCCCUCGGGUACGCCACUGAUGCUGUUUGUAUUGAAAAAGAAAGCUUAAAAAUUCUUUGAAACAUUCUUGAUAUUAGAGAAGCAUUGUGUGUAGCUUACAUGCAUUCUUGAUAUAGGAGAAAUUCUAAUGAAUAUCCAUAAAUACAUCUGCAUUAGUGGAUUUAAAUGUUAAAUGUGAAAGACACCUUUUUUGUAAUCUUUAUUUCUUUGAAUGAGAGGGCUAGAAAGAA